AUGCCACUAGUAAUACGUUCUCGAACUUUAAUUAUUUUAAUCGUUGUAAUAACUUUCCUUUAUGUUUUUUGGCCAAGAGAACAUAGACAACAACAAUGUCCACCAAUUAGGGUUGAAAAUGAAUUAAAUUCAGAACUUGGACCUUUAAUUGAUGCAGUACGAUCCACAAUCAUAACUGACAAUAAAGGUAAUCAAAAAGUAUAUCUCAAUGCAAAAGGUUACAUAACUUUUCUUUCUGUGUUAAGGAAACAACAUCACACAAUGGUUCAUAAACUUGUUAAAAGUGCAGAAUGGGCUCUUGGAAAUAAUAGUGUUUAUUCUGUAACAUUAAAACCUCAAUUACCACCUUCGGGAGAUCCUCAUGAUUAUAUGUCUUUGGGGAGAUAUUAUUGGCCGGAUCCAACUAAACCUGAUGGUUUACCAUAUAUUCGUAAAGAUGGAUAUCCUAAUCCCGAAUUUUUUUCUAUUAAUGAUUAUUUAUAUUUAAGAAAAAUGUUUAGAGAAGUUCAAAACCUUGGAUUCGCAUAUUUUUUUACAUAUGAAGAAAAAUAUGUAGAAAAGGCAAUGGCGCGAUUAAAAGAAUGGUUCUUGGAUGAAAAGACCAAAAUGAAUCCAAAUUUAAAUUAUGCAGGAUAUAGAAAAGGUGAAGCCUUUGGAUGGAAAGCAGGUGUUUUAGAUUUCCAUCAAGUCUUUAGAAUAUUACAAGUUAUUCCUUUACUUCGAAAUUCACAUUUAUGGGAUCCGGAGAUUGAAAUUGGAUUAAAAACUUGGAUGACAGAAUAUUAUAGUUGGCUUACUACUUCUACAAUUGGAAGAGCAGAAGGUAAAUCGGUAAAUAAUCAUGGUACAUUUUAUGAUGUCCAAGCAUUAUUUUUAUUGGAUUACCUUAAUCGUUAUGAUGAAGCAAAAACUUUUGUAUUACAAGCAUUACAAAAUCGUAUAAAUGAUGGUAUUCUUCCAACUGGUCAACAACAUUAUGAGACUGAUAGACCUACAAGUUGGUUUUAUUCAGUUUUUAAUUUACAAGGAUUAUUUCUUCUCGCCGAAAGAGCUGAUCAUUAUGGUGUUGAUGGUUGGCAUUAUGAGGGACCAUCAGGUCAAAGUAUUAAAAAGGCAGUUGAUUUCUUAUUACCUUAUGCACUUAAUGAUGGAAAAGGAUGGCCAGUAAAAAAUAUUAAAGGAUUUGAAAUGAAUGAUUAUGUUAAAUUAUUAGAAUUAUCAUAUAUUAUUUAUGGAGAUGAUAAAUAUCUUGAAGCUAUUGAAGAAUUAAGACCAAAAACGAAAGCAGAACAAGCAGUAGGAUCAAAAAUGGCUCAUUGGGAAGAUAAUUAUUUAUGUAAUAUAGCAUUAUUAUCAAAUAGAUUACUUUGGACUUGCUUAAAUAAAAAAAUGUUUAUUCUAACAGUAUUAAGAGAUACUAUUCAUAUUCAACCUUACGAUUUUCAUAAACCCAAAUACGAAGCUUUAACCGAUGAGAUAAAUCGAAUUUAUGCAAAUAAAGUAAUUCAAGAGAUAGGUCUCUGUAUAUGUUUGUUUGAUAUUCUGUCCGCAAGUGAAGAAGUAGUUCAUUAUGGAAAUGGCGCAAGUUACGCAAACGUCACUUUUCGAUUAGUUGUAUUUCGACCAUUUAUCGGAGAAAUACUUGAAGGAACAGUAUCAAGUAAUACUGCAGAAGGUGUAAAAGUGACAUUGGGUUAUUUUGAUGACAUAUUGAUUCCAACAAACCAGGAUGAUAAAUGGAAGUUUGAUCAUGAAACUCAAGUAUGGGUAAGAUUAUGGGAUAAUAUAAUUCCAGAAGAAGAAUGGGAAUCAGUAGAAGAUAAAUAUCUUUAUAUGUAUAUGGACAAAGAUCUUCCCAUAAGAUUUCGUGUAAUAGAUGAAAAAUUUACAGAUGUUGGUACAAAAGGACCACCACCUAAAAGGACUGGUAUGAAAACAAGUUCUUCUUCAACUAUAUUAAGCAAUAAACUUAUUAUACCAUUUAACAAUACGAAACAAGUACCAUAUGAGUUGAUUGGAUCUAUUGCUGAACGAGGAUUGGGCGCAACUGUUUGGAAUUGGAGUUAA